AGGCCGCCUGCCUCUGGGAGCCAAUGAAGAGGCUGGAGGUGGGCCCUGCCGACAGGAAGUCCCGCCCCGGAAGCUGGCUGCGCUUCCAUGGCGGCACCAGGGCGGCGGUGGCUGGUGCGGCUGCUUGUGGCGGUGCGGGACUUCCCCGCGCGCCGAACCCUGCACGAGUGGGCCCCGCCGCGGGAUGUGCUGCUCUUCGAGCACGAACGGGGCCGCUUCUUCACCGUCCUGGGGCUCUUCUGCGCCGGCCAGGGCGUCUUCUGGGCCUCCCUGGCCGUGGCAGCCUUGGCCCGACCCCCGGUCCCGGCGCGGCCUCCGGAUGCGGAGAUCCCAGACCCCGGCCGCUUGGACGUGCGCUCCGCGCUCUGGCGCUACGGCCUGGCCGUGGGCUGCGGCGCCAUCGGUACCCUGGUCCUUGCCGCUGGACUUCUCUUCUCCCUCCGCUCUGUGCGGUCAGUGACACUGCAGGCUGGAGGGAAGCAGGUGACCCUCACCACUCACGCCCCCUUCGGCUUGGGUGCUCAGCUCACUGUUCCCUUGAGCCAAGUAUCCUGCAUGGCCCACCGGGGUGAAGUCCCUGCCAUGUUGCCUCUAAAGGUCAAAGGCCGACGCUUCUACUUCCUCUUGGACAAAGCUGGCUAUUUUCCUAACACAAAACUCUUUGACAACACUGUGGGUGCCUACCGCAGCUUGUGAAAAACCACCUCCAAGAGGGGAAUAAAAGCUGAGCCUUUAGGCCCUAGCUCAGUUGAAGCAUUGUCCCAGUACAUGGAAAGAUCUUGGGCACAGUGGUGGCUCAGUGGUUAAGCAUCAACCUAUGAACCAGGAGGUCACAGUUCAAUUCCCCAUCAGGGCAUAUGUCCGGGUUGCAGGCUCGAUUCCAGAUUGUGCAGGAGGCAGCCAGUCAAUGAUUCUCAUCAUUGAUGUUUUUCUCUCUCCCUCUCUGAAAUCAAAUUAAUAAAGACAUUUAAAAAA